AUGCCUAACACCACUUGCAGCACUGGUGACAAUUUGGAAAUUGUCCUGGUGGGAUUUCUUGGACUUCAUGACAUUCAGCACUGGCUUUCCAUCCCUUUUUUCAUUAUGUUCCUCAUGUCAUUUUUUGGUAACCUAAUUAUUCUGUUGAUUAUAGCGACAGAACAAAGGCUUCAUGAGCCCAUGUAUUAUUUUAUUUUCAUGUUAUCAGCUGCAGAUCUUGUUUUAGCAGUUAGUCUUCUACCCAAACUUUUAGUAGUGCUGUGGUAUGGCUCAAUAUUGUUAAAUUUUAAUGGUUGCCUUGCACAACUCUUUGUCAUCGCAUUUUCCAGUGCUAUGGAAUCAUCCAUAUUAGCACUAAUGGCUUAUGAUCGUUAUAUUGCAGUAACUAAGUCUCUGAGAUACCGAUCAAUAAUUAAAAAUCAGUUUAUAUUGAGAAUAAGCUUAUUUGUUACAGUUAGGAAUUUUUGUAUUAUACUUCCCCUUCCAGUACUUGCUAAGAUUUUACCAUAUUACAGAGUAACUACUAUGUACAGUGUAUAUUGUGAUUAUCUUGCUGUUAGUAAUGCUGCAUGUGCUCAAACUGCCAUGAGUGAGAUUUAUAAAUACAUUUUCAUAAUCAUUGUAGCACCUUCUGAUAUUGCAUUGAUUGGAUUAUCCUACUUUAAGAUUGCCAGAGCUGUAUUAAAACUAGAUUCUAGGGAAGCACGUCAAAAGGCAUUCAAUACCUGUAGUUCUCAUAUUUUUGUGAUGGUCGUUUUUUAUCUUUCUGGAUUUAUGUCUAUAAUCAGAGCAGUUUAUGAUGGUAAGGCACCAAAGGACAUACCAGUCUUGUUUUCAGUCUUGUAUAUUACAGUGCCAACCACAUUAAACCCUCUGAUAUAUGGCAUAAAAACAAAAGAGAUCAGACAAGUUAUAUUAAAAUAUUUAAGGAAAUGUUAA